AUGCAAGCGGAGGAGCAGCGCAAGUGGGCGAUUGUGGAGGCACUGACGCACUUCGCAGUGCUCUCGGCCAAUGCCAUGGCGACAGGUGUCACCCCCACGCGCAUGCGCCUGCAGCUCAUGAAACUGGUGGACGAUAUGAGACCCGCGUGUAAGCAGGAUUUUGAGUGCCUCAACUCGGACAGUGCAGAUUUUCUGCGGGAGUGUGCAGAUGAACUGUGGGCUCAAAGGGCGGAAGGAGCAGAGGGGCGUGGCUUGGAGUGGGCCUAG